UCCCCAGGUGCUGUGUGUUCUGAAAGGGUUUAAAGCUAUACCCCCAGAAAACUAGUUUGGACAACCUUCAUGGGGGAUGCUUCAAUUCUGGUGAAGGGUUCUUGAUCCCACCAGUUCCCCAAAGUGUAAACUUACAGCUCGGUUAAUAAAUAUGGAUAACAGUGACAACUCUGGGAGUGAAGACAAUGAUGGUAAUGAAGAGGGUCAAAGUGAUAGCGAUCAAGAGUUGGAAUAUGAACCGGGACCAGAGCCAGAGCCUGACCCAGAGCCAGAGCCUGACCCAGAGCCAGAGCCUGACCCAGAACCAGAGCCAUAUUCAGAACCAUACACAGAUUUUCAGCACCCACAGGCACAAGCCACCAAACAAAAGGAAAAUUACAAUCCUAGAAAUAAUUUCCAGAGUGUUGGUGGUGGGAGGGGGCGAAACAAGAGAGGCAGAGGCAGAGGGGGCAAUAAUAACAAUAACUCUGGUAACUGGAAUAAGAUAAAUAACAGCAGAAGCAUCAGUGGUAAGGAUCAGAAUAGGCAAGACUUAAAUAAUAGCAAGGUCAGUAGCAACCAGAGCUAUACCAACCACAGCCAAGGAAAUUAUAACAAGAACAAUAAUUGUUACAACAACACAAGUCAGCAUAAUUCCAGCAAGAAUAACAACAAUGGAAACAAUAACAACAAAAACAUUAAAGGCAACAAUAGUAACAAUAAUCACAUCAAUUACAACGGUAACAGCAACAAUAACAGCAACAACAAUAACAGCAACAACAAUAACAGCAACAAUACCAAAAAUAACAAUGGUAAAAACAAUGACAGUGUUUUUUGUAGGAAGGAUAACACCCCAAAGAAAUUUGACUACUUCAACCAGGUGAAAAGCAUCAUAUCACAAUUCAACAAGCAUAAAAAUCACUCAGCAAUAGACAGUCCUCUGCUCAGGAUUCACUAUCGUAUGGGAGUUUGCCUCUUCCUGAUUGCCUACAACAUUGUUCAGAGCAAUUGGUUUUUAGGAGAAAGUAUCUAUUGUGUAUAUGGUAAUAAUGCUGAACAUGUCAGCAGCUUUGCAGUCAGGAACUACUGUCUGUCUUACUCCUACAUCUGUGAGAUUGAUGAGGUUACCACAACUGCUGGAAAAGACACCUGUUCUCGUCGAUACAUCUUAUUUUAUCGCUGGUUACACCAUGCUUUUUUACUUAUUGCUGGCAUUUAUUACAUUCCACGAAUGAUUGCCAAGAGAGCAGAAAAUCCACGCUUAAAGAAACUCCUAGCUGAUCUGGCUCUAGGACAGAACAGGUAUGAUGAAGCUACCUGGGAACAUGACACACAGAUGAUGCUGAGCUAUAUGCAUAACCACAAGUCAACACACAACCAAUUGUACUUCUGGCUUGUAAUUUCCCAUGUGGUUGCAUUAUCUAUUGAUGUUUGGGUGAUGUUCUUCUUGGACUUUUUUCUUAAUGGUCGCUUUCUGAGGUUGGUUUAUGAUGCAUAUCCAUUUGACCGUGAUCCAGAGUACUUUACCGAUGAGAUUUCACGCACAUUUCCUCCAUUUGCUAAUUGUACACUUGAUCGUCAGAUCUUGAUUAACAAUGCACGAAUAGAUCACCUGGGAUGUCAUCUAAUGCUGAUGGAGCUCUAUGAGAAAAUAUUUGUCAUAAUCUGGCUGUGGCUAGCAGUAAUAAUCCUGUGUUCUGCCAUGACAGUUGUCUUUCUUCUGCUUGUUACACUACCACCCUUCAAUCGGCUGUUUCUGCAAAUGCAUACAACCUCAAGAGGUAUCAAAGAAAUUAAGAAGAAAGUUUUCAAAGUUUGUGGUUAUGCUGACAUGUAUGUAUUAUUCCUGAUGAAAGGAUACAGGAAUGAGAAACAGUUCAUCAUGUUCCUCUCAAAAUUUGUCCAUAACUAUGAAGACAAUUUACAAGAAAUCAUAAUUAACAAUGAAUGCAAAAUCUCUCAUGAUUUAAAUGGGAAAGCCAAAAAAACAGAGACUUAUAUUGAAGUGAAAAGUGGGAUGCAAGUGGAUCAGGAUCACAUUUUACCUGAAUCUCUUAGAACCUCAGAUACUUGUCACAAGCAGAUUUCAGGCCCACUAGGCCAAAAUGAUUUUACUGACAUCUGUAAUCAGGAUUGUGCACAGAUGGUUAGUUCUUCUCCAGCCUCAAAACAAUGGCAUUAUCCUCCUUCCCUACAGUUAAGCAAAAUUAAAUGCUAACUACUGUUGGAAAAAUGGUAAUGACUGAAAUAACGCUUUAAACAGCACCGGUGAGUAACCCUUACUAAGGAAACUCCUCUUGUGACGAGUUGUGCUAGUUGGAAGUACGUUGUAAUUUUUUCUUAAUUGUUCAAUUCAUUUAUAUUUUAAGUAAUCUGUGAAUAUUAUUUUCUAGUCCAGAUACUGUAUUAGUUUAGGAUUUAAAGGUCACCUGUAUGUUUCACAGCAUUAGCUAAUUUAUAUAAAGCCUUAUUAAUGAAUGUGAAUUUGUGAAAAAAAAAAAUUGGUUAAACACACUUAGUGAGUAUGGUAUCUUAAUUUUGAUCAGAAUGCCUGCACUGGUUGAACUGUGGAGGUGCUGAACCAUGCAUAGAUAUUUUAAACAAUUUAUUUGAGGGUUCUGCUCAAUUUCUGACACUGGAAAUUUAGGGUCUGACAUUCGUGAUUAAGUAUGCACUUAAAUAACCUCUCUAAAAAUUUUGCCAUUACCCGGUGAGCAGCCAUUUAUGUUUAAAUUAUACUUUACAAACUAAAGGGUAUUUUCAGUGAAGUAGACCCUUUUGUGUUUAGUUUGAUUAUAUUAUUCUGUUAAAGUAAUAUAAUCUUAAUAUAUAUAAAGUAAAUUUUGGUCUCAAACUGAAGCCCUUUUGUUGGCAAACUCAGAAAAAUAGUACUGUAUUGUAUAGAAAAACAGGUCCCUUCACCUAUGGAUGGAUGAUGUAUCACACGACCUAUUGGUAGUUAACUACCAAAUAUUCUAAGGGUGAGUGAGGUACCAGAUGAUCUAAGGUCGGGGGAAGAUGCCACAUGAUCUAUGGGUGGGUGAGGUACCAAAUGAUGUAAAGGCAAGUGAAGUACCAUGUGAUGUAAGGAUGGGUGAAGUGAAUGGUUAGUUUUGUUAGUUUCACAUGCACCCAGUAAUAAACUACUGAUAUACCAUUUAAUUUUUUUGGUGCAUGGGAGCAAUUUUGUCGUAUGAGAAUUUGUUUUUACGUAUUUUGCAUGUAUGUGAAAUACAAUUAACAAAUUUGUUUCAUUUCAGUUUUCUUAAUGGCUAUAUAAUAACAAGGUAUUGGCUCUUGCUUGACCUUUUCUUGUAAGUCAUUCUCUUCACUUGAAACACUUAGAUUACAAAUUUGUUGAGUAAGCGUGAGAAUUUGCCAGUGUGUUAAGACUGGUAGCCAUAUUAGUACAAAUUUUAUGUAGACAUGCAAUAUCCUUGUUUUGGUUAUGAUUGCUUAACUGCCUUUUUUUAAACAUCAGUUUCACUGGAAAAACAUAAAGCAUUCAUUACCUGAACAAAUAGAAUUUUUCUCCUAUAAUUUGUUAGUAGCUAGAGGGAUUCAUUUUGAGAUCAAAGUAUCAAGUACAUAUUUAUGUAUUCUGCUGCUCCCCACUACCCCACACAGGCUUACUUUGUUACCCCCUUCCCUUUAUCCCUCACUAGCAUUGUGCCCUUCUCCCGCACUUGCGCUUUGCCCCCUUUCUCGUUCGCUAGCAUUUUGCCCCGUUCUCCUGCACUAGCAUUUGGCCCCUUUCUCUUUCCCUCAGUAACCCCUACCUCUCUCACUUUCUCCUUUGAUUCUUUAACAGUUGUGUUCUUUUACUCAAAGUUAUCAAGUUUUAUUGUUUUCCUCAGGAAGUUAUCCAGUUAUGUUGUUUUACUCAGGAAGUUAUCCAGUUGUGUUGAUUUUCUCAGGAAGUUAUCCAAUCGUGUUGAUUUACUCAGGAAAUUAUAUAGUUACCUUUUCUUAAUUCAUACAUGCUAUAAUGUAUAGGUUAAGUUUUUAGUCUAGAAAAAUUUCGACUAUGAUGUGUUGAAUGUAUUUUCCCCAUUUCAUUUUGUUUAUUAGAUC